AAGAAGAAUAGCCGCGAGCUGGUCGCUUUCAGACGCUCGUUUUAUCUAUUCCCGAAUAACCAGCUCCCGCCAUUCAUGAGGCGAAUUUUGCAGCGGUAAAGAAACACUGCAAUUGAGUGAAGAACGAUUGCACUACUUGAAGCAGAUUUUUAUGGUGUUGUCAUGAUUAUAAAAGGCUUAUUCAGGAGGUAUGAAAGAUGGAAUCCUGUACAUCCGACUCUUGGGGCCUUUUGGGGGAUGGGAAUAGGCAUUGGUUGUGGUGUUGGAUGGGGUCCUGGUUUUGGUCCUGAAGUAGUUGGUUAUGUUGGUGCUGGCUGUGGCAUUGGAUUUUGUGUGGGAGUAACAGUUGCUGGUCUUGGCAUUGGUCUUCCAGCAAAUGCGCUCUAUCAUGUUCCUUACAGUGCAAUCCUGGCCACAAGAAGUGGAGCAGUGGAAUUAAUCCAAUCUAGCAGUCUUCGAUCUGCAAAAUUUUCUGUUAGAUAUGGAUGGAGCGACAUUACACAGCAUAUACUUGGGCUACAAAGAGAAGCAAGUCGACGAUUAACAAGCAUCAAGCAGGAGUGCUUGGACAAAAAGAUUAAUUUACCUGAUAUGAAGAGCUUACCAGCCAUACCAACUAGGUCUAUUUGUGAAACUUUAGGAUCAUUAGGUAAUCGCCUCUCUCACAUUCACAAAGGUUCAAAAGAUUAAAAUAUUGAAUGCUGAGCUAUACUGAUUAGUUGUUCAUAUCUCCAGCUACAGUAGAGUGAGUAAAAACCCAGUUGUUCCUCUUCCUUGGCUUUGGCUGCUACUCGCUUAGCAAUAUUUAUUUGUAGAAUAUUCAAUAUUGUAUGAUCUGGUUUUGGUCACACUUUGGAGUGUAAUCAGAUCAUUUCGAGUUAUCAUCUUUUCUUUUUGGAGCCGAAAUUUAUGUCGAAUUACGUCUAGCAGUUUUGGAGUA